AUGGAGAUCCUUGAAUGCUCCGAAGACUUUGGAGGUCCGAUGGCAGGCUUAACCUUUCAAAGGACCACUGUAGUCUACAGCGUCAAUGGCGCAAUCUACCGGGCAUAUUCACGAAAGCGAUAUGCCGAGGCACAGAAUAUCCAAAUCGGCGAUCUGUAUGGCACCAACAGGAUCCAAAGCGCACUCGUCUUCCCCGAAUUCCAGGACUCUUUCACUAAGGUAGAAGAGCCAGGGCCGCACCAUUCGAGAUGGUUUCUGAAGAAGCCAAGUCUAUCGCCAUACACUCCUAGAUAUCCAACCCUCAUCAAAGAGACCUGGAUUGAGGAAGUGAAGGCCUGCGAGAUUUUGAAGGAAACUCCACACCCGAACGUCGCGCAGUACCACGGCUGCGCAGUUCUGGAAGAUGGCACAAUCAGAGGCAUCUAUUUUACAAGCUACGAUGAGACACUCAUGGAACGCGUAAACCCCCUCAGACGCAACAAAUUGGACUCUGCAUACGAGAGGCGUGGGGCCGAUCAAGGCCAGGUCGAAAGUUGGGUGGAGAAGAUUGAACGGGGUAUCCGCCAUCUUCACGGCUUGGGAAUUGUGCAUAACGAUCUCAAUCCAUCCAAUAUCAUGUUUCAUGGCGAUAACCCGGUCAUUAUCGACUUUGAUUCUUCCCGCCCCAUGGGCCAUGAUCUGAGCUUGGUCAAACGUACAGACGAGUGGCAUGAUGGUAAGGUUACAGAGGCGUUGCCAAGCAAUGAUCUGGAUGCCUUGGAAGAAAUCAAGUCAUGGCUCUUGGGGGAUGUUCAUCGGUUCCGGUUCUGA